CUCUCGGUUUCCGUAGUUGCGUCAACGCAAUUAAUACUUCCGGGCACGUCUUCGAGAACAGAGGAGAAGAAAACAUGGAGCUCUUUGUAGUUUCACCAAAUGUGAGGUUUACGAACCUUACUGUCGCCCCGGGCUCGACUGUCAGCGAUCUCAUCCAUCAUUUUGCCGUUAAAGAGGGUGCCUCCGUCGCGGAUUUCUAUGUGAAGAGUAAUGGCCGCGUGUCUCGCAGGAAUGCCUCGCUUCAGUCUGGAGUUGUGUACCGUGUGGAGCCUCGGUUAUGUGGAGGCAAAGGAGGAUUUGGCUCUAUGUUGAGGGCCCUCGGUGCACAAAUCGAAAAGACCACUAACCGUGAGGCCUGCAGAGAUCUGAGUGGAAGGAGACUGAGAGAUGUCAAUCAUGAGAAAGAAAUGGCUGAGUGGCUGAAAAAGCAGGCGGAUCGAGAGGCCGAGAAGGAGCAGCGUCGUCUGGAGCGGAUUCAGAGGAAAUUGGCCGAGCCUAAACAUUAUUUCACAGACACUGAUUAUGAAAAGCAGUGCCACGACCUCUCAGAGAGACUGGAGGACUCUGUGCUGAAAGGCAUGCAGGCUUCCUCUAGUGGUCUUGUCAAGGUGGACGAGGGGCCGAGUCGCAAGCGUCCGACACCAGCUGACAGUGAACUGAAAGCAAAGAAGAAAUGUUUCUGGACUGGCCUUGGAGGACUGGAGGAGAUAGGCAGCUCUGGUGAAGGAAGUGAUGACAGCGACAGCGAGGCUUCUCCGUCCACCUCUGGGGCUUCACGCAGUUCAGAUGUUCCCAAACAGACUAUGCCACCUUUUGCCACCAGGGGGAGUGACAGGACAGACCCUCAGGAGCAGCCCAGCAGCUCCUCCUCCCAGAGUCCCGCACCGAGCUCCCCAACACAGGUGGAGGAGGAGGUGCAGAAGGAGUGUACAGCUGAAACCAGUCAAAACAGCAGCAUCGAAGAGGAUAAAUCCUCCCAGAGUCCAGCACCGAGCUCCACAACACAGGAGGAGGAGGAGGUGCAGAAGAACGCCGAAAAGGAGUGUACAGCUGAAACCAGCCAAAACGGCAGCAUCGAAGAGUAUAAAUCCUCCCAGAGUCCCGCACUGAGCUCCACAACACAGGUGGAGGAGGAGGUGCAGAAGGAGUGUACAGCUGAAACCAGUCAAAACAGCAGCAUCGAAGAGGAUAAAUCCUCCCAGAGUCCAGCACCGAGCUCCACAACACAGGAGGAGGAGGAGGUGCAGAAGAACGCCGAAAAGGAGUGUACAGCUGAAACCAGCCAAAACGGCAGCAUCGAAGAGUAUAAAUCCUCCCAGAGUCCCGCACCAAGCUCCCCAACACAGGUGGAGGAGGAGGUGCAAAAGGAGUGUACAGCUGAAACCAGCCAAAAUGCGGAUAAAUCGCAGGUUGAGCCCACAGAAGCACCAAGCGGCCCAGCCGAGAGCAGUCAGGCACAGGAAGAGGUGGAGGGUCUGCUGGAUCUGCUGUCUGUGAGUGGGCCGGGGCAGCUGGAGGCUUUGGGUCUGGAGCGGCUGAAGAAAGAGCUGAUGGAACGAGGCAUGAAGUGUGGAGGAACGCUGCAGGAACGGGCUGCACGUCUGUUCUCCAUCAAAGGACUGAGCCCAGAUCAGAUUGACCCUGCGCUCUUGGCCAAACCCACCAAGGGCAAGAAGAAAUAGCUUGCGUAUCUUAAACCACAGUGUUUUUAACCCAUUUUUGCUUUGCUUGUGUUUGGCAUGCGUGUAGUUAUGUUUAAAGUGUUAUUUGUACAAAUCUAACACCUAAUUAAGAAAAAUCCCCAGUUUGGGACAAUAGUGAGUGCUAGAUUUAAAAAAAAAAAUUCAUUAUGAUGACAUUACUGGUCAGAUACAGAUAACAAUUUGGAUCGAACUUUAAAGUUGAACUUUAGUCAACAAUAUAUGGCGUU